UUUCUUUUAGUCUCUCCUCCUCUCUCUCUCUCUCUCUCUCUCUCUCUCUGUAGGAUGAACAGAUGAAGCCCAUCAUGAGUCUGUCUCUCCCUAAAAGCGACUCCACCGCCUCUCUGCUCAGAUCCGCCCCGGUAGACCGGAGACCGCGAGCCCCGGACGAGCCGCUCUGGAGCCCGGACAGUGACGCGAGCUCGCGCCGUCCUCUCUGCCACCCGGCGCUGCUGCUGCCGGACCGGAAGCGCGCGGCGGUGAGGAGCGAGCACAAAGCGCGGGACGAUGCACCGGAGCGGACGGACACGAGCGACGGUAACGGAGGAGGAGGAGGAGGAGGAGGGAAAGAGCGCAAGACAUCCAGACACGCGCACCGACACCAUCAUCAUCACCAUCAUCAUAACAAUCACCAUCACCAUCAUCACCACCACCACCAUCACCACCGGUCCGCGCGGGACGACCUGCCCCAGGAGCCCUGCGCCAAACACACUCCCGGUGCCGGUGCUGGCGGGUCUCACCGGACUCGGUCUCUCUCGGAGGGCUCGGAGGAGACGGCCUCCACUUCCUCUUCCACAUCGCUCCUGUUCUUCCAGUCCCACCGGGCGCACCGGCGGGCAUCCGGGACAUCCGGCACCGCGCGCGACCCCGGCACGGGCAGCUCGUGCUCUCCGGUAACCGCCGCCUCCGCGAGCGCAGCAUCUUCCGACUCAGACUGCAAACUGCGGCCUAUUCUCAGCUCGGUGUUCGGACAGAACCGAGAGCUGAGACCUGAGGAGAUCGAGGAACUCCGUGAAGCCUUUAAAGAGUUUGAUAAAGAUAAGGAUGGCUUUAUCAGCUGUAAAGACCUGGGGAACUGUAUGAGGACGAUGGGCUAUAUGCCCACUGAAAUGGAACUGAUUGAACUAAGCCAACAGAUCAACAUGAACCUUGGCGGUCAUGUGGACUUUGAUGACUUUGUGGGACUGAUGGGACCGAAGCUUUUGGCAGAAACAGCAGAUAUGAUUGGUGUGAAGGAGCUCAGAAAUGCCUUCAGGGAGUUUGACACUAAUGGUGAUGGAGAGAUCAGCACAAGUGAGCUGAGGGAAGCUAUGAGGAAACUGUUAGGGCACCAGGUGGGCCAUCGAGACCUGGAGGACAUCCUCAAAGACAUAGAUCUGAACGGUGAUGGACGUGUCGACUUUGAGGAGUUUGUGCGUAUGAUGUCCCGAUGAAGGAGCCAAAACUUUUGCACAUUGCACAUUAAAUCAUGACCCCUUGCUUCCCGCUGGCUGGAGGACACGAGACGUGUCGAGGGACGUUAAAACAUUCAUCGCAUGCAUGACUGAUUGAUAUGCAUUCGUCCCGAUCGUCCAAUCAGCGAUCAUCUUACAGGAAACCACACGAAACCACACCGAAGAAAAGCUUUAAUGAGCCGGAAUGGAAAAAAUAAAUGAAUAAAAACUGGAAAAAGACAGCACACACACACACACACACACACAUAUUGUAGCUGAGUGUUUCUGCACUUUUAAACCUUGUCUCAUGUCCAUCUAUGUCAUAGGGAACUGGAGUUCUCUCAGUAACCACGGCAAUAUCCUGUCUGUCUCUGUUCGUCCCGUGUGUGUAUCAGUGUGAGUCCGAGCCAGUGGAAGUGUUCUAGCGUUAAAGUCGUACUCUGUGAUAGUUAAAUAUCACUCGUCACAUCCUCGUAAUGAAUUACAGAACCGUAAUGUUUACAUGCGCGAAGCGUCUGUAGAGGGAAACUUUUGCAUCACUGCCACUUUAUUCCUCAGAAAUCACAGAGUGUGCCUUUAAAGUGAGAGCUGUCCAGGGUUGUGAGGUCACAUAUCCCUGAACACAAUCCCCACCCCUCCUCCUCCUCCAAACACACACACACUUCCUGCAGACCCUUAAAAGGACAGUGCAGCCAAAAAUAAAAUGUCCACAAAUUUGUGCUUUAAAUCCAUGUCCACUCGAUCUCGUCUGCGUCCGUCGCGUUGUUCGUCUCUGUACAUAAAAAGCUUAAUAAACAGCGUAUAAGUUAUUAUAGUAUAUAUGUAUAAAAGCAACAAAAAGGACUAAUGGUUUACUACAAUUUCAUACAGUAAUAGAGUAAUAAUGCGCCCCCUGGUGGUGGCGAUGAAGCGUAUAGUGCAAUACAGUAAGUUUUAAACGUGCUUUAAAUAUGCGUUUACGUUAAUCAGUCUUGUUCUGUGUCUAUGAUGUAAAAAUGUGAACGUCGCCAUCGUAUACUUAUUACUGUGACGCUUUAUGGGGGAGAAAGUGAUUGUAAAGAUUUUGAGCUACAGAUGUAGCUCAAAAUCUGUACACACACAUACACACACACACACAUAUUGGUUAUUAGCCUCCUAGCGCCAGGACACCACAGCUGUAAAUAUCUUGGGAGGAAACUGUGGACGUUUAAUUUUUGGACGACUGUUUUUUUAUUUCAUUCCUGCCCCCCCACAGGUGAAAUAGUUUGGGUCGGAUAAUUUGCACAAGUGAUAAUCUGACAAUAACGGAUAAUCUUCAAGCGUGAUGUCAAGCACUGUGUUUCUCCGCAGGUGGCUGCGGCGGCCAGGUGUAGUCUGUGUUUCAAUGCACUUUUAGUGCAUGCUUACUAAUGUCCUGUAAAAAAAAACCAUCAGGAAGAACGGAUUAGCAACAUACAACAUAUGGAUUAGCAUGGAUUAGCCCAUAAACUGGUUGAACAGUUUAGCAGCUUUCACGAGUCUCCAGUCUCCAACUCUACACUCAUUUACACAGCUAGCUGAGAUCACAAGCCAGCGGCCUAAUGGGGAGAGAAAAGGGCUGGUGGUGAUGUCAUCUAAUCAAGCCUGUGUCUGGCUGACGGAGUUAAACUUAAGCUCCGCCCUUGUUGAUAAACGUUAUUCAGGAAAAUCAGCCUGUGAGUGUGAGACGGUGAGUUGUCUGCUCCUUGGCUUUCAGAUCGGUGUAGCGUUUGAAGUCGUGAUCUUAUCGAGAGUGCAGCUUCAUUAGCACGCUGUACACGCUGUACACACACCCAAUCAAACAUCCUAAACGUCCUCCAUUUUAAAAAGGAAACUGCAGCAAAGCCUUCUGGGUACGCUGUUGUCCUACAACCUGCUGAGGAAGUAAAGAUGGCAGACGAGUGAAUCGAGCCAAGGGGACGUGAACCGUGUUGUGAGAGAAAGCAGUGCAGGAAUGCAGCCUUUAUUUGAGCCUGAACGCAUCACUGAGACGUUUCAUGAAUAAAAUAAAUGGAGAAAACAAAUCUCUGCAUCUCUCCCGCGGUCCGAUCUCCGUGUCUGCGUGUGCGCUGAAAUGCUGUUACGUUAUUAUGUCGUUCUGUCUUUUUGUCAGUUAGACGUUGACGUUUUGUCGUUUCGAUGUUACGAUGUUUUGUCGUUAUCUUAUGUAUUCGUCGUAGAAGUGCAACCUGUUUAUUUCCUGCAUGCCAAAAACACCUCUGCACUCAUGAUGUAACAUAGUGAUUUUAAUACAUUAUAGCAAAUAAAGUACAUGAAGGAUUCACGA